AUGCACUCACGAAUAGUAGGUUGCUUAGAUUCGGUUUCUUGGGUCAUAGAUUUAGAUGACCAUGAUAGGACAAUGGUGGGCAGUACCCAGAACCCUUUAUAUUUGGAUUCCAAUGAAGUUUUCGAUAAAGGGGCGGGUAUCUACCUGUCCAGUGAUUAUGGAAUGAAGAUUGAAAAUAAAUCCUACGUAAGUCGUGCAGUGCAGCUAAUCGACCACCACACCCACUAUAAUAAAUUGCACAGGUACACUAGUGGUUACCCAAGUGCAUUUGAGCAGUCAGUGGCUUCUAUGAUCCAAGUGAGUGACUGUCAUACGAAACAUAUUAAAAAUAAAUCUGAUGGCAUCGGAUCCAAACGAUGUGAAACAUCUAAUUGA